AUCAAGGUCUGUGGGCCUGGGUAUCUACAUUUUAAGCAUACUCCUUUCAUCUGAGUCUGGGGACACUUCCUCUGAGCUGGAGGCCUGGUCCCCUACCCAGACUGAAGGGGUUUGAGGGCAGAGAGGCCUCACCCUCCCUUGACUUAGGCUGCCCUCUCCCUAUCUCAGAUUCAUCCAUCUCCUGCCCCUCCAACUCACAUUCCUCUACUCUGACCUCAGGAAUUGGUGGUCAUUAACUGUGAAGCAGAGGUGAAAACAGGAUGCCAAACAGGACAAAUGGGAGGCAGGUCAGAGGGAGGGAUUGUGAUCCAUGUCUGUCUGUGUUGGGGGUAGCGUGUGGUUUCAGGGGCAGGAAAUGCUGUUGUCAGGUUUCUGUGCUCCAGAACCUAAGACUAGGAGUUAGGGAUGCCACCUCCUGUGUUUAACUGCGUAAUAGGAAAUGUGUGUGUUUGGUUAAGUGGAAAAGCUCUGUGCUGAGGGCCCAGAACCCUGUACCUUCCCUCCACCACCUUCAUGAUGCUUUCCAGUUUCACUCCCACUGGCACCAGUGAUUUUUUGAAUGUAUAAUCUCUGUUCCUUCUAUCUGUAGAUCUUCUAGGCAUCCACCUUUGGCUUCAGAGAGUAGGGCAGAAGGUCUUUCUGGGUGUAAACUGCAGGGAACCAUUUCCCCCACGUAGCUGCAUAGAGACUGGUCUUCUGUCCUGAAAAUGUACAGCAGUUUGCGAUCCUCUCCUGUUCCACCAGCUUUCCCAGUCUCCUAGUAUAACUGAUCGUGGGCUUAAAGAAGACUAGGAGGAAGCCAGGACUCAUAAAGGGACCCUAGCUUAGAAGGCAAUUCAAACUGAUGGGUCUGUGAGGCCGCUGGGUGGCGCCCCGCGGGCCGGGAACUACACUUCCCAGGAGGCCUUGCGCUGACGUCUGGACGGGCGUAUCCGAGGGGCGGGGCCUAAGGCCGGCGGGUUCCGGGCGUUUGCGGGACCCGGAUGGCGGGGCCGGUGAAGGACCGCGAGGCCUUCCAGAGGCUCAGUUUCCUAUACCAGGCCGCCCACUGCGUCCUCGCGCAGGACCCCGAGAACCAGGCGCUGGCGAGGUUCUACUGCCACACCGAGAGGACCGUCGCCCGGCGGCUGGUCCUGCGGCGGUGAACCUUUUCUUCUAAACCCAAGCACUCUUCCAUUUUUCCCACUUCCACCCCAGGCUGCAGGGGGCAGCGCUGGACAGUACAGACCUGCCUAACAUGCCAGCGCAGCCAACGGUUCCUCAACGAUCCUGGGCAUGUGCUCUGGGGAGACCGGCCUGAGGCCCUGCUAGGGAGCCAGUCAGAUCCCAAACCACUGCAGCCCCUGCCAAGCACAGCUCACCCUGCUGCAGCCCACCUUGCUGAGGAGAAAGUGCAGCCCCAGAGCUCCAGUCACCAGUGACAGAGUCACCCCGUCUUCCAGUCAAACCUCAGUUCUCGAAUGUCCCCCACCUCAAACAAUUCGGGUUCUCGACCAUGUUGCGCACAGAAAAACGUCUUGGUUGUUGAACAAAACUUCGGUUCUCGACCCAACAACCCUUUCAUGCUGAUACCUGUAUGAUCAGUCACGUGUCUCUCAGGUGACAAAGGAGAGAAUGCGCGAG